AUGGAGAGGAACAGAUCCAUGGCUUUCCUUGAUGUUCUUGUGACAGUGAGACCGGAUGGGGCUUUGGCCCACUCUGUUUACCGGAAACCGACUCACACGGACAGAUAUCUGCACGCCUCUUCUCAUCACCAUCCCCGUCAUCUUCAAGCAGUUAUUUCCUCAUUGGUUAAUAGGGCAUAUAACCUAUGCGACCCUGAACAUGUGGAAGGGGAACUAAAACAUGUGAAGGAGGUACUAAGAAGGAAUGGCUACAGUGCUACCACAAGACAAAUGGAGAGGAGGCUCAAGAGGGAUAAGCAACCAAUGGUGAGCAGGGAACAAGCUUUCCUUCCGUACGUGAAAGGGGUAACGGAUAAAAUUGGAACAGUACUCAACAAAUACUCCAUUAAGACUGUAUAUAGUCCGUUGUCAAAAGUAACGAAGGAAAUUCGCUCGCCAAAAGAUAUUAUACCUCUUCAGACGCCGGGUGUCUAUAAGAUCGAUUGCAGCUGUGGUAGUUCUUAUAUAGGACAAACUAAGCGGUCUAUAGCUGAAAGAGUCAAAGAACACAUAGCGGCUGUAAAGAACCAACAGACGUGCAAAUCUGCGAUAGCUGAACAUUUGUUAACUUCGGACGUUAAUCACUGGAUGGAACUUCAUGACCCGAAAAUCCUCUCAACUGAUAGGCAUUACCAUCUGUCGUAA